AUGCAUCCUCUUCUCAAGAAGGCUGUUUUCCGUGUGCUAAUUUUUUACGUUUAUGGUCUGUUUUUCGCUUGGAUGUUCACCUUGAUCGAGGAAAGGAAUGAAUCAGUUCAAAGUAGAAUUGCAAAGGCAAUAAAAAGAAUAAAAAAUGAAGCACAGGAGAAAUAUAACAUGACGGACAACGAUUUUAAUACUUUUGUAACGAAGGCCGCUGAAGCAAUGAAGGGAGAAGAUGAACUUCAAUGGACUUUUCUGAAUAGCCGUGCGUUCGUUUUCGCAGCCCUUACUACGGUUGGUAAGUUGUUUAAACAAAUUCAGGUUCUGUAUUGGGUAGGUAGGUAGGUAGGUAGGUAGGUACUUUAUUAAAUACAUUGCAGCAUAAGCUGAAUUGCGUAUUUACAUAAUGGUAAUAAUUUAUGCUAAUAAUUGUAAAAAUGAGUAAUAAUUGUAAUAGCUAAGACUUAAAACGUAUAAUAAGAAACCUAAAAAAUAUUUACAAUUCUGCCUGAGGCCAUAAAAAAAAAACUGUUCUUAAAUCCAUUUGUCUUGCAACGCAGCAAAGUGAAAGUGCGCGCGUGCCUUAGAUUAUAGUUGCUCCUAUAAAGAGGCGGCAACAACUGUCUUAACUUGUGGUUCGGGUCGCUCAUUAUGCUUAUGCGUGCAAAUGUUGUGGUAAUGCUCCGCAACCGUUGGUAAACUCAUAAGCGCUAAAGCUUGCUGAUAUUCUAUACCAGGACAUAUGAUUCGCAUUGCUCUUCGAAACGUCAUUCUCGAAACUAACUUAUAGUAAACCAAGUACUUGAGUGUUUCUGCUUCAGGAUUAUUGCUACAAAAAAAAUAAUCUGCCCUCGUCUCAACAACUCAAUACAACUACCUUCCAUUUUAGUGUUUAUAUACAUUUUAGGGUUUAAAUUUUUGCAUUAACAGGGUAUGGAAACAUCACACCCUAGACACAAACAGGUCAAGGAGUGACUAUCCUCUUUUGUAUUAUUGGCAGUCCAAUAAGCAUGUUGGCAAUGAAAUCGGUGGGCGAACUCUUGGCCAUUGGCGUCAGGUUUCUUAUCGUCAAGACAGAUACUAUCGUGCUAAAAAAAGCCCAGCGCCCGGGAACAGUGAAAGUCAACGCAUUUGUUAUGUCAUGCACUUUAAUUUGCUUCUUGCAUGUUAUCUUGGCGACCGCGUCAACCACUUCUAUUGAAGACUGGAGCUUCUUGGAGAGUCUCUAUGCCUGGUUUACAACUUUCACCACGAUUGGUUUUGGCGACUAUAUACACUUGGAUAUCGUUCACUUGAAAGACAGCACACGGGGAUAUGUCAAAAAUCGGUCUCAUAUGCUAUGGCUUUCUCUUAUCUUUGCCAUAUGUUUUGGGUCUUAG